UUCUGUUACUGUAAGUUGUUGUCAAUACUGAAAUGGUUUAGUAUAAACAACCAAUGGUUAAUAGUGUCUGUGCAUCGAAGUUAGAACACUAAAGUAAUUUUGUAUACGGUUUCCUACAACAAGUUCAGUAUAUUAACUAAUUAUUUUAUUUGUGUGUCCACGCCAUUAGACAUUUAAAAAAUGAUAAAUGGCAUCUGGGUCCUGUAAAGAUCUCGCUUGGAAUCGUAGAUUGUAGCUAUUGUUGAUUUGUUCUUGAAAGACAAUGGGGCCUAAAACUACUGACAUAUUGAGUGGAUUUCAAGUUAACUGGAUGAACUUGAGAGAUGCUGACACUGGUAAAAUUUUAUGGCAAGGAAAUGAAGAUUUAUCUUCACCCGAUGUCGAGCACAUGGCCAGAGUCCCAAAGAAAAUUCUGAAGUGUCGAGCAGUAUCAAGAGAAAUCAACUUUUCUUCGGUUGAAGCAUUAGAAAAAUUUCGACUAGAGCAGAAGAUAUUAUUUAAGGGGAGAGUGAUGGAAGAGUGGUAUUUCGAGUUUGGGUUUGUGAUACCAAACUCAACCAACACAUGGCAAUCUCUGAUAGAGGCCGCACCUGAGUCACAGAUGAUGCCGGCAAAUGUACUCAAUGGCAAUGUGAUCAUAGAAACCAAAUUCUUCGAUGACCAGACCCUCAUUUCAACCUCCAGAGUCAGAUUGUUUUAUGUUUAGUGUACUUUGUUUGUAAGUUAUCGUCUUAGUGUAUGCAAAUUGAUCACCACAAGUGGCCUCGGAAGAUGUUGGCUUUCGUUUCUAAUGAUUUGAAGGAUUUCAAAACUAAAUAAGACGAAGCUACUUUUUUCAAAACUACAUGACACAACUAUUGAUCAUUUACAAUUUAAAGGCUGGUUUCAUGCUUGGGCAUAAUUACUGCCGCUUGCAUCAGUCACUGAAUUUGGGUUUAGGAAAACCAAGACAUCAAGUGAUCUCUUACAUCUUCAUUGAGGAUAGGUUUGAGAAGAAAUUAAAAACUAGAUGCAGAAUUAUCUGCUACAAAAACCAGGUAGUUGCCAAACAUAAGGCUCAGCAGCUUAGUACUGGCUUGUGAUAGUUUUAACAUAAUACUGGAAACAGGUGAUCUGCUCGGUAUUUUCAAAUAUCAAAACUAAUUGCUGUUAUGAAACCAGAAAAAGAUCUCAUCUGAUCCAUGGCCAUAUUUCGAUAACUAUUCCACGGUCCGCUUCUGUCUAGUGGGGAGGUUAUAAGCAAUUAAAUUCUCCCUAUCCUUAAUGCCAGCAACCCAGUCAAGCAAGCUAGACAUUGAUUUUGACGCAAACACAACUGCUUCCCUGUUUAAGUAACAGUAGAUUCAACAUGUUCUUAUAGGUUUGCUGCUACAGAAAAGGAAAUAAGGGUUUUUUAGUAAAAUGCUACAGCUUAAUUCUCCAUAAGAGUAACACAGGACUUAAAUGUAGAUACUUUUGAAACUUUCUCUGUAACCAUUACAACAACACUUCAAAAUGCCUAAUUUUUUGUGUUGAGAAAAUUUUUAUAAGAUCAUGAAAAAAUGGGUGAAGGAAAAGCAUUUAAUUCAGAAGAGGUAUUUUUAGACUGUUCACGUUAUACUGUGACGUCCAUGAUGUGUUUGAGUAAGAAAGUCCUGUGUUUUCAAUUAUUAAAAUAUGAAUUUUAACUUAAAUGUAGUCUAGGCCUAAGAAAUGUUUUAUUUUAUCUGUUGUAAUUAUUGUGUUAAUGUGAAUUUUAUUUAAAUGCCACAUUGUUUAUGUACUUCCCUGUUGUAAUCUUAACUUGUAUGUUUUGAUAUUAAUGAUUUUUUAUCUAUAUAAAUAACUAUGAUCAAUGAGUUACUAAUUAUUGUUUUUUGUUAAGAUAUGUGACAAUUUUAUAUGCAAUGUAAUUAUCAUUUGACAAUAAUACAAAUCUGGAUCCUCAGCAUGAAUUCCUCAGCAUACUGGUCAUCAAAAUGAAAAAGUAAAACGGUCCCAGGCCUAGGUCUUACCGUGCCACCUACGGUAAUAGCUACCUCCCUAUAGGGAAGUUCGCUAACAAUAAAAUAAUUUGGCUGAAUUUAAGAAAGUAUGAAGUCUAUUAUUUGUAAUGCACAAUCAUAUAGUUAAGUAGCUUAAUAGGUUAUUUUACUUACUAAAAAAUUCUUUAUAAUAUGCAUUUUAAUUAUACUGAUUUCAUUGUACUGUUGCUUAAAAAAAACUCUGUAUUUUUGGUUUUCCAAAAUUGUAACUGUAUAAGAAAAUAUAUUUUUCCUACAGUUACCUAACAAUGUACAUGUUCUCUCACUGAUUUGAGAAAGCAAAGUGGCCAAUUCGCUCAUCAGUGAGACAAUGUUAACAUUGUCUCACUCAAAUUACUUUGUCUCACUCCAGAUUUGCAACGUGAAGAUACGAAAUAGUGAGCGCGUAACAUGCAGGCAACGUCGUAUGCGCGCGAAAUACGUUGGCAGCACUGGCUGUAAAUCAGCUGGUCAGCUGUUGUACUGUUGUAUUUGUCACUUCACGUUAAAUGUUAUAUUAAAAGUUCACUUCUGUGUAAACAUAGGUUAUGUUUCUUCACCAAUUUAUUUGUUUUAUGGUAACUGUAGGAAAAGUAUAAUGUGCAACUCGAGUUCAAAGUACAAUUGCCUCACUCGCCUACGGCUCGUGAGUAAGGAUUUCUCUCGAGUGAGUCAAUUGCUCACUUUUCUCACUAGUUGCACAAAUAACUAUUUCCUACAGUUACCUAACAAUGUACAUGUUCUCUUACUGAUUUGAGAAAGCAAAGUGGCCAAUUCGCUCAUCAAUGUUAACAGACAAUGUUAACAUUGUCUCACUGAUGUUAACAUUGUCUCACUCUAAUUACUUUGUCUCUCUCCAGAUUUGCAACAUGAAGGCACAAAAUAGUGAGCGCGUAACAUGCAGACAAGGUCGUAUGCGCGCAAAAUACGUUGGCAGCACUGGCUGUAAAUCAGCUGGUCAGCUGUUGUACUGUUGUAUUUGUCACUUCACAUUAAAUGUCAUAUCUGUGUAAAAAUAUGUCACGUUUCUUUACCAAUUUAUUUGUUUUAUGGUAACUGUAGAAAAAAUAUAUAUGUGCAACUCGAGUGCAAAGUGCAAUUGCCUCACUCUAGAAACCAUUCCUCACUCGCCUACAGCUCGUGAGUAAGUAUUUCUCUCAAGUGAGUCAAUUGCUCCCUUUGCUCACUAGUUGCACAAAUAACUAGUUACUCUCUUUGAAUGUCAGCUGUUGAAAUGAACUCAGCAAUUUAAAUCUGAGCAGUACAGUCAAUUUUUGGUUCUGUCUUUCACAGCUUGUUACGUUCAAAUAUCUGUUACGUUCUGAACAGCUCUUGCUUGUCAAAAAAUAAAGGCAAUGCUUUAAUAUGCAAUGUGUCAUUUACACAAACCUUUACACCCAUUUAUAAAUAUGCCGCUGUUGUAAACUAUGUUAAUAUUUGUACUUAUGUGUUAGUUAUUAAUUUUAAAAAUAUAUCUUUAUGUUGUAAAUCACAAUAUCUAGGGGACAGUUAUUUAUUACUUUCACUUUGUAUAUUUAUUUAAAUAACUUCUUGAUCAGCAUCGUACGUGUUGUUAAAUUUGCGAAUGUAGAUUCGCCUAUUGGGUCUGAUGAUGAUUGGAGUGUCCAAUCGAAAUCGAUCACCACUUACCAUCUUUUUUAUAUUUACCGUCUUGUGAGUAACAGUAUAAGCGUAAAUAUAUGUUUUAAGUGUUAUAAGACGUAUCUUUAUUUACUUUCCGUAUAUUUAUUUCUCUAAGAUUUAUGU